AUGGCAGGAAUAAAGUUUAUCAAAGUUUUCGAAGACGAUGAUGAGAGUCCUACUGAAGUUCCAAUUGAAGAUGAUGGCACAGUACUUCUUGCCACACUAAAGUCCGUGUUUCCGAAAUCAACUGGACUCAAAUAUUUGGCCCCUGAGUCUGGAUGCCUAAGGGGUGUAAGACUAAAUGAGGGAAAGCUAUUUGCUCCACCAGAUGGAUGGGUGCACGUCUACCAGUGUGCAUUCCCUAGAGAUAAUAAACGAAAAGGUAUGGAAGAUAAGGAUACUUACAACUCUAAAUUUAAAAAGCUGGAAGAGAAGAAAUGUACAGACCUCAUUGUCUUGAACCUAGCCUGGAAAACUAAUGAAUCCACAUUAAAGGAUUAUUUCUCACGUUAUGGUGACCUCGUAACGGUUCAGAUCAAACGACAUCCUGAUUCCAAUUUAAGCAGAGGGUAUGGUUUUAUUCGGUUUAGCGAUAUGGAAUCACAAAUUAUGUGUCUGUCUGAGCGACAUAAUAUAGACGGACGCUUAUGUGACGUCAGAAUACCCAUCUCCAAGUUGGAAGGUGAUCGUCAAGAAGUAAGCCGAAAGGUGCAUGUAGGUGGGAUUACUGAGUCUAUUACAGCAUCUACUUUAAGAGAUUACUUUUCACAAUUUGGUACAGUACUCGAUGUAUUCAUUCCCAAGCCGUUUCGUUCAUUUGCCUUCGUAUCAUUCGAAGAUCCUGAAGUUGCAGCGGAAUUACUGGGCAAAGAUCAAGUUAUAGAAGGAGUUUGUGUGUCUAUUGGAUCUGCAGUCCCCAAAUUACCCCCUCAACAAAACCGGAAUGGUCCAAUGUAUUCUGGUUCACAUUUUGGAAAUCCACACAACCCUUGGGCCUGGCCAUACAACCCAGUUAUGAAUGGUCAUGGUUCACGUGAUUUCAGUCCUGGUAUGUAUAAUUCCAUGCAGGGUUAUAAUAUGGCGUCUCAUUCACCAUACGGAAACAAUUUUUCUUCGUAUCAGCGGCAAUACAACUCAUACGCGAACAGAAUUAAUAUGUAGGACUGGUAUGUUUCUGCGUACUUAUUGAAUUAAUUUUUAUUUACUGAUUAUAAUGCGCAUCACAUUGCAUCUCUUGAUUAGAAUGAGCUCCUCAGGUUUUUAGAUAUUUAAACAUAGUUAUUGGCGCAAGAAUGCGCCUAAGUAUUUAAGUGCCACACAAAUUUACUGAUUUGUGUGUGGUCUUCGACCCUGCCGGGGUGCCAAAACCGAAGCAGUCGGUCUCGCUAGGGGGCUUACUCUCUGAGUCUUAGAUCAAAAAGUUUGAUUCAUAAGACAAUGAAGCAGUGUUAGGAGCUGCAGUGCCAUGAUAGCUGGUGACAAACAAUAGGUUCAUACGCCAUUCACUCCUUCAAGAUCCUGGAUUCUGUGUGUAUUAUUGGUUUGGGAUCAGGGUUUGACAACUCCCCUGGCUAGAUGCUCCGUACCCGUCAACCGGGUCUAAGCACUGGACAUUCGCUUUUCAUCCUCUCAGUUUCAUGAACAGCACCCCCACCAUGAAAAAACAAUAUGUAGAACUUCCAUGACAAUGGCUCCUGUACAUGUGGUUAUAUGAAAUCAUUUCGAGAGAGCGAAUCCUCCUCACUUUUGGUCGUACCAGGAUUUUCCAGGGCUGGUAGAUGUUUAGUUAGAAAUAUGUAUUUAUAUUUCUGUAUAAAUUAAUGAAACGUAACCUUUAACUCAAUAGAAACGUUCAAAAAUCUUGGUAUACUUAAAUAUCAGGAAUUAGUUAAUUAAAUUUCAAGCUGUAAGCUAAUGUAGGUUGACCAAGUAGUGACUAAAAUCACUAAUAUGAUCAAAUCUUAUGUUACACUUAAUUAAUCACUCCCGAUUAUACAAAAAAUAAAGUGAAAAAUCCUCCAAGUUAAUAAUUCACCAAGUUAGCAUUCAUUAUUACAAGAUUUCUACUAAGUUUAUAGUAUCAUGACCAUCUGUUGAAUGGAACGCUUCAUGACAACACUCCUUUACUGGUUGGUGUAAUUGUGAAUAUAUUUGUUGACAAAAUAUAUGACUGAUUUGUUUUUAACAUGAACGGUUUGUAUUAAAAUGAGAAGUUAUUAUUAGGUCUUUGACAACUUUUAUGUGCGAAUAUCCGGUCGUUUCUUCUGAUAAAAGAAAUAAUGGUCAUCAUCCAAAAAAAUCGGCUGUACAUCUUACGUAACUGGUAUCGAUCCUAUUGGUGGCAUGUGUUUUUACUUUGACCAGUCGUUAUUUAUAACUUUAUGAUAAUAAAGUGCACUUUGUGGUAUAGAAUACUUACAUAUAAAUGGGAGAUAUGUAGUUUAUAAUUUACAAGUCCUAGAUUCCAGUUUAGUGUAAGGUUUCAACAAAAAAAAAGACUACUAUUCGUUUGUUUACAUUCAGUGGAAUUUAAUUGUCCAAUAUCGAUUCGUGUUCUCAACUUUGAACCGCAUAUUGUAGGUAGGCCAGUGAUACUAACCAGC